GCUAACAAGAAAGGAAGCUUAACCCAUCUAUAAAUAUCUCCACAACACCCCAAAAGUAACCAAACCAAAUCCCAAACACACUCUCUCUCUCAGAUCUAAACUUUCAUUCUCAAACCAAAAACUCAACCAACAUGGCGAAUCAACCUGAAUCCUCCGAUGCUAAGGGAAAUAAGCGUGAUUUUAGUACUGCGAUUCUGGAACGCAAAAAGGCACCUAAUCGAUUAGUUGUUGAUGAAGCUGUUAACGAUGAUAACUCCGUUGUUGCUCUUCAUCCUGAAACUAUGGAGAAGCUUCAACUCUUCCGCGGUGACACUAUAUUGAUCAAGGGAAAGAAAAGGAAAGAUACUAUUUGUAUUGCACUUGCUGAUGAUACAUGUGAGGAACCAAAGAUAAGAAUGAACAAGGUUGUGAGAAACAAUCUUAGGGUUAGGCUUGGAGAUGUUGUUUCGGUGCAUCAAUGUGCUGAUGUCAAAUAUGGAAAGAGAGUUCACAUUCUUCCUGUGGACGAUACUAUUGAAGGAGUGACGGGCAAUCUCUUUGACGCAUACUUAAAACCUUAUUUCCUGGAGGCAUAUCGACCAGUGAGGAAAGGUGACUUCUUCCUUGUGAGAGGGGGAAUGAGAAGCGUAGAAUUCAAGGUUAUUGAAACAGACCCACAUGAGUAUUGUGUUGUGGCCCCGGACACAGAGAUCUUCUGUGAAGGAGAGCCCAUUAAAAGGGAAGAUGAGAAUCGAUUAGAUGAGGUUGGUUACGACGAUGUUGGCGGUGUAAGAAAACAGAUGGCCCAAAUUAGGGAACUUGUGGAACUUCCCCUGAGGCACCCACAGUUGUUCAAGUCUAUUGGUGUCAAACCACCAAAAGGGAUUCUGUUGUAUGGACCCCCGGGAUCUGGAAAGACUUUAAUUGCUAGAGCAGUUGCAAAUGAAACAGGUGCCUUCUUUUUCUGCAUUAAUGGCCCUGAGAUAAUGUCAAAACUCGCUGGUGAGAGUGAAAGCAAUUUAAGAAAGGCAUUCGAGGAAGCAGAGAAGAAUGCACCGUCGAUAAUCUUCAUCGACGAGAUAGAUUCCAUAGCUCCUAAGCGAGAGAAAACUCAUGGUGAAGUUGAGAGGAGGAUAGUUUCCCAGCUAUUGACUCUCAUGGAUGGUCUUAAAUCACGCGCCCAUGUAAUUGUUAUGGGAGCCACAAAUAGGCCCAAUAGCAUUGACCCUGCACUUAGGAGGUUUGGAAGAUUUGAUCGGGAGAUUGAUAUUGGUGUUCCCGAUGAAAUCGGGCGACUCGAAGUUCUACGAAUUCAUACAAAAAAUAUGAAACUUGCUGAAGAUGUUGAUUUAGAAAAGAUUUCUAAGGAAACACAUGGUUAUGUUGGUGCUGAUCUAGCUGCUUUAUGUACCGAAGCAGCGCUUCAAUGCAUCAGAGAAAAAAUGGACGUGAUUGACUUGGAAGAUGAGACCAUUGAUGCUGAAAUUUUGAACUCCAUGGCAGUGACAAAUGAGCAUUUUGCUACUGCUCUUGGAUCAAGCAAUCCUUCUGCUCUCCGUGAAACAGUUGUUGAAGUGCCAAAUUGUAGCUGGGAUGAUAUUGGUGGUCUUGAAAAUGUUAAGAGAGAACUCCAAGAGACUGUUCAAUAUCCAGUGGAACACCCUGAAAAGUUUGAGAAGUUUGGAAUGUCUCCUUCAAAGGGAGUUCUUUUCUAUGGUCCUCCUGGCUGUGGUAAAACACUUCUGGCAAAAGCUAUUGCCAAUGAAUGCCAGGCAAACUUCAUCAGUAUCAAAGGUCCUGAGCUACUCACUAUGUGGUUUGGAGAAAGUGAGGCAAAUGUCAGGGAAAUUUUUGACAAGGCUCGUGGUUCUGCGCCAUGUGUCCUGUUCUUUGAUGAACUCGACUCCAUUGCCACUCAGAGAGGUAGUAGUGUAGGAGAUGCUGGGGGUGCUGCUGACAGGGUUUUGAACCAGCUGCUAACAGAAAUGGAUGGGAUGUCGGCAAAGAAAACAGUUUUUAUCAUUGGCGCCACUAAUCGACCGGACAUUAUAGACCCAGCUCUUCUGCGUCCAGGCCGUCUAGACCAGUUGAUUUAUAUCCCCCUCCCAGAUGAAGAUUCCCGUCAUCAGAUAUUUAAAGCUUGCUUGAGAAAAUCCCCCAUCGCAAAAGACGUUGAUAUUAGAGCUCUUGCAAAGUAUACCCAAGGAUUUAGCGGUGCUGAUAUUACUGAGAUUUGCCAGCGUGCAUGCAAAUAUGCCAUAAGAGAGAACAUUGAGAAGGACAUUGAAAAAGAGAGAAAGAGAAGCGAGAACCCUGAGGCCAUGGAAGAGGAUGUUGAAGAUGAAGUAGCUGAAAUUAAGGCAGCUCACUUUGAGGAAUCGAUGAAAUAUGCAAGGAGGAGUGUGAGUGAUGCCGACAUUCGCAAGUAUCAAGCAUUUGCCCAAACAUUGCAGCAGUCCAGAGGGUUUGGAACUGAGUUUAGGUUUGCAGAUUCUGGAACCAGUGGUGCUGCCGCUACAGGUGCAUCUGACCCAUUUACAUCUGCUGGCGGAGCUGAUGACGACGAUCUCUACAGUUAAACUUGUAUCAGUGGUGUCUUAUAUAUGACUUGUGCUUAUGAAGUCCCUAAGACUUCCUUUGGAUAAUUAUGUCUGCUUCUUAAAAGAUAAUUAUGUCAGUGCUUAAAAGCAUUUGUUUAUAGGUGACGGUUAAGGUGGGCAAGUCCUCUAAUUUUUUCAUGAUGGGAAAUGUGUUUUUACCUC